AUGUCAAGUGUAGCAACUGCAACUAUGAAUAGCCAUGAAAGUGGUAUUAAGCCAUUUUUUGAACAAAAGAUUCAAGAGACAGAGAUUAAGGUUCACGCAAGAACUGAGAAUUUACGUCGUCUGGAGGCUCAAAGAAACGCUUUAAAUGACAAAGUUCGUUUUAUAGAGGACGAGCUACGGUUACUACAAGAGCCUGGUUCUUAUGUGGGAGAGGUGAUAAAAGUUGUCUCUGAUAAGAGAGUCUUGGUGAAAGUGCAACCAGAAGGUAAAUAUAUUGUUGAUGUUGCUCCAGAUAUCAAUGUUAAAGAGUUGAAGCCAUCGCAAAGAGUUUGCUUGAAGAGUGACUCUUAUUUACUUCAUAAAGUUUUGGAUAACAAGGCUGAUCCAUUAGUGUCAUUGAUGAUGGUUGAAAAAGUUCCUGAUUCCACUUAUGAUAUGGUUGGUGGCUUAACUAAACAAAUCAGGGAAAUUAAAGAGGUUAUUGAACUGCCUGUCAAGCACCCUGAAUUAUUUGAAAGUUUAGGUAUUGCCCAACCAAAGGGUGUUAUCUUAUAUGGUCCACCAGGUACCGGUAAAACUCUGCUAGCAAGAGCUGUUGCACAUCACACAGACUGCAAAUUUAUUAGAGUUUCAGGUGCUGAAUUAGUGCAAAAAUAUAUUGGUGAGGGUUCCAGAAUGGUACGUGAAUUGUUCGUGAUGGCAAGAGAACAUGCCCCUUCUAUUAUAUUCAUGGAUGAAAUCGAUUCUAUUGGUUCUAGUCGUGUUGAAGGAGGUUCUGGCGGUGGUGAUUCCGAAGUUCAAAGAACAAUGUUGGAACUACUAAAUCAAUUGGAUGGGUUUGAAACCUCUAAAAACAUCAAGAUUAUCAUGGCUACUAAUAGAUUGGAUAUUUUAGACCCAGCUCUAUUGAGACCAGGUAGAAUAGAUAGAAAAAUAGAAUUUCCACCACCAACAGUUGCCGCUAGAGCUGAAAUUUUGAAAAUUCAUUCUAGAAAGAUGAAUCUAACUCGUGGUAUCAACUUGAAGAAAGUUGCUGAGAAAAUGAAUGGCUGUUCUGGUGCCGAUGUCAAGGGUGUCUGUACAGAAGCUGGUAUGUACGCUCUAAGAGAGAGAAGAAUACAUGUAACACAAGAAGAUUUUGAACUGGCUGUCGCCAAGGUGAUGAACAAGAACAACGAAACUGCUAUCUCUGUGGCAAAACUAUUCAAGUAA